AGAGAAAGUGAAGAACUUGUUGUCAAGAGACACCAGCACCUGACACAAUUAUGUUUUACAUUGUCUUUAUUUUAUUCCUUGGUUUUUCAGACUGUGACUCACAGGUUCAGUUUGUGGAGAGUGGAGGAGGUGUUGCAGCCCCCGGAGCUUCCCUCCGCCUAACCUGCAAAGCAUCUGGAUUUACCUUCACAAGCUUUAACAUACACUGGAUCCGUCAGGCUCCAGAGGAAGGACUGGAAUGGGUGGCUGGAGUGGAUAGUUCAGGGAGCACCAAAUGGUACAAUUCCAAAGUCACUGGAAGAUUCACCGUCUCCAGGGACAAUUCACAAAGUUCAGCUUAUCUCCAGUUGAACAGCUUAAAGGCCGAAGACUCUGCCUUGUAUCACUGCACAAGGUACACAAUGACUUAUUCUUCCUUGCAGCUUCUAGAUGUUAUUCUACUUGAUCCAAAGGCUCAAUCAGGAAUUGAACUCAUGGUCCUUCAUCUCUUAGAUGAUUAUGUGGUGUGUUAUUUGAACACGUUCACAGGCCCUGGUGCUCAUUGGUCUCAGAAAGAGGAUACAAGGAUAGAAUCUUUGAAAGAAACACAGCCUAAACAAAACAUCAACAGCAGUUCUAGAGCAGAGCAAAAUGGAACAUAUGGAAGAGAAGUGGAGGAAGGCAGCUGUCACUCAAAGGUUCAGUUGGUGGAGACUGGAGGAAACGUUGUUGUAGCUCCUGGAAGUUCCCUCCGUCUUACCUGUAAAGCAUCUGGAUUCACCUUUGCAAGUGCUUACAUGGACUGGGUCCAUCAUUCUCCAGAGGAAGGACUGGAAUGGAUGGCUAGAAUUAGUGAUACAGGAAGUAGCAAAUUGUACAACUCCAAAAUCGCCGAAAGAUUCACCAUCUCCAGGGAUAAUUCCCAAAGUUCUCUUUAUCUUCAGAUGAACAGCUUGAAGCCCGAAGACUCUGCCUUGUAUUAUUGUGCAACAGACACUUCUGUGUCAUCAAUCACAUACUCCAACGAGGCACUCUUGCAGGCUGUAGAAAUCCACGCCUCACAAGCCAGCUUUGGUAAUCUGAGAUCUGACCCUGGAAGAAUGUUUGCGUAG